AUGGAAUAUACAUACCAAUAUUCAUGGAUCAUACCUUUCAUUCCAGUUAUAAUUCCUAUGUUAAUAGGGGUGGGACUUCUCCUUUUUCCGAAGGCAACAAAAGAUCUUCGCCGCAUGUGGGCUUUUCCUAGUGUUUUAUUGUUAAGUAUAGUUAUGAUUUUUUCAGCCAAUCUGUCUAUUCAGCAAAUAAAUAACAGUUAUAUCUAUCAAUAUGUAUGGUCUUGGACCAUCAAUAAUGACUUUUCUUUAGAGUUCAGCUACUUGAUCGAUCCACUUACUUCUAUUAUGUUAAUCUUAAUUACUACUGUUGGAAUUAUGGUUCUUAUUUAUAGUGACAAUUAUAUGUCUCAUGAUCAAGGAUAUUUGAGAUUUUUUGCUUAUAUGAGUUUUUUCAAUACUUCAAUGUUGGGAUUAGUGACUAGUUCUAAUUUGAUACAAAUUUAUAUUUUUUGGGAAUUAGUUGGAGUGUGUUCUUAUCUAUUAAUAGGUUUUUGGUUCACACGAACGAUUGCCGCGAAUGCUUGUCAAAAAGCGUUUGUAACUAAUCGUGUAGGGGAUUUUGGUUUAUUAUUAGGAAUCUUAGGUCUUUAUUGGAUAACGGGCAGUUUCGAAUUUCGGGAUUUGUUUGAAAUAUUCAAUAGUUUGAUUUAUAAUAAUGAAGUUCAUUUUUUAUUUGUUACUUUGUGUGCCUUCUUAUUAUUUUCUGGUGCAAUUGCUAAAUCCGCUCAAUUCCCCCUUCACAUAUGGUUACCUGACGCUAUGGAAGGACCUACUCCUAUUUCAGCUCUUAUACAUGCUGCUACUAUGGUAGCAGCAGGAAUUUUUCUUGUCGCUCGGCUUCUUCCUCUUUUCAUGGUUAUACCUUACAUAAUGAAUAUAAUCGCUUUAAUAGGUAUAAUAACAUUACUAUUAGGAGCUACUUUAGCUCUUGCUCAAAAAGAUAUUAAGAGAAGUUUAGCCUAUUCUACAAUGUCUCAAUUGGGUUAUAUGAUGUUAGCUCUAGGUAUUGGGUCUUAUCGAGCUGCUUUAUUUCAUUUGAUUACUCAUGCUUAUUCAAAAGCAUUGUUGUUUUUAGGGUCCGGAUCAAUCAUUCAUUCAAUGGAAGCUAUUGUUGGAUAUUCUCCAGAUAAAAGUCAAAAUAUGGUUCUUAUGGGUGGUUUAAUAAAACAUGUGCCAAUUACAAAAACUGCUUUUUUAUUAGGUAUACUUUCCCUUUGUGGUAUUCCACCCCUUGCCUGUUUUUGGUCCAAAGAUGAAAUUCUUAAUGAUAGUUGGUUGUAUUCACCGAUUUUUGCAAUAAUAGCUUUUUCCACAGCAGGAUUAACUGCAUUUUAUAUGUUUCGGAUCUAUUUACUUACGUUUGAGGGCUCUUUAAAUGUAAAUUUUCAAAAUUACAGCGGUAAAACAAAUAACUCGUUUUAUUCAAUAUGUCUAUGGGGAAAAGAUAAAGAAGGGAAAAAAAUAAUUAAAAAAGAUUUUCGGUUAUUAUCUUUAUUAACAAUGAAUAAUAAUGAAAGGAUUUCUUUUUUGGGGAAGAAGACAUAUCCAAUUGAUAUUAAUAUAAGAAAGAUGACGCGACCCUUUAUUACUAUUGCUCAUUUUGACAUUAAGAACACUUUUUCGUAUCCCCAUGAAUCGGAUAGUGCUAUGCUAUUUCCUAUGCUUGUAUUAGGUAUAUUUACUUUGUUCAUUGGAGCCAUAGGAAUUCCUAUGAAUCAACAAGGAAUGGAUUUUGAUAUAUUAUCAAAAUUGUUAACUCCAGCUAUAAUAUAUCAAAAUUCAAAUAAUUCUGUGGAUUGGUAUGAAUUUGUGACAAAUGCAAGUUUUUCAUUGAGUAUAGCUUAUAUCGGAAUAUUUAUAGCGUCUUUUUUAUAUAAGCCUGUUUAUUCAUCUUUACAAAAUUUGAACUUCCGAAAUUCAUUUCUUAAAAGUGUUCCCAAUCGAAUUCUUUGGGAAAAAAUAAUAAAUGUGAUAUAUGAUUGGUCAUAUAAUCGUGGUUACAUAGAUGUUUUUUAUGCAAUAUCCUUAAAUAACGGUAUAAGAGGAUUAGCUCAACUAACUGAUUUUUUUGAUAAACGAGUAAUUGAAGGAAUUACGAAUGGAGUCGGUAUUACAAGUUUUUUUGUCGGAGAGGGUAUCAAAUAUAUAGGUGGUGGCCGAAUUUCUUCUUAUCUCUUAUUGUAUUUAUUUUAUGUAUUCAUUUUUUUAUUCAUUUUCAUUUUUUAA